AUGAUGUACAUGACCGCUUUCAUGGACUCUCAGGAGAAGGACACGGAGACUCACGUCUACGCGGUCAUCAACUCUCCUGAGCCGUCUCCCAAGCACCGCAAUCACAGCGGCGACUCGGCUCGCACUUCCCACAGCGACCCUGAAGGACAGCUAACCCGCCGGUGUGUUUUUCUUCUCAUUCUCACAUUUGACUUUGCCGACAAGAUGAUUCUUGAUUCUUCCAACUCAUUUUUCUAGUCUUACACAUCAAAUGAAGCUUUUCAAAGUUUUUUUAAAGUAUCCCAGGCUUUUUCAAUAAUUUUCUAGAAUAUCCCACCGUAACCCCAAAAAAAUUACAGUUACCGAAAGAACCUGCGCCCACGCCGCCAUGCUCGCUCCGACGGCGAAUUCUCCUCCAGCGGCAGCAGUAGCUCUUCAGUCACUACCGUAAUCAACGCAGGUAACCCGAUACAGUAUCCUCACUGGAUCUCAACUGAUACCGUAUUUCAGCUCGUCCAUUCCGUCACCAUUCCCGAUCCUCUUCCCACUCUCGAUUGGAUCGCCAACAUCCUUGCUGCGUGGAAUGCCGCGAAAAAGAGCUCAUUUUGGCGAACAAGAUCGACGAGCACGAGUACGGCAACAUUCCCAGAAAGCCGCAGUUCACGGAUGCUUAUGGUUGGUUUUUGGGAUAAUGAUUAUGUAAAUUCAACAAUUUUUAGUGUUCCUGAUGAAAAGCGUUCUGUGCGAAGUGCGACAGCUCAACGGCAGACGACUGACGAAGACUCAGAAGAAGCUGGAGACGUUGCUGCGCCUGGACCCCCACGAACCGUUCUCCGUCAUCGACGAGGCGCUUUUCGAGCGACAACUCAAUGCUUUCGGUUCGUUUUUUCCCCCAGCUUUGGCCUGUCUGCGCUCUCUCCCAACCAGGCACUGUCUCUUUUUUAUCGUGUCAGGACCCAUUUUUCGAUGACUAAAGCCAGAAUCAGCUUGAUUUAAAUCUAACUUCAUUGCGUAUCCUAUCAAAAAAUAAUCCACCGAUUACAGCAAAGAACAUGGAAGUACGCCUUCGCGCCAUCAGAGAUGUCUCGGCUGAGGCGUUUCGUGACGUCACGUCCAAAUUCUGCGGGAUCCUGAGCGCGGCUCCAGUCGAGAAGAAAGGCCUCCGAAGCGCCUGGAAGUCGCUCGUCGACUUCGUUCGACAUUGA